GUUUGAACUGCCCUGCAGUGCCGCUGAUACAAAAAUGCCUUUAAGAUCCUGCCUUUCCCAUCCUAAUCUACAAAGGAAACAGGAAAAAGGAACUUAAACUCCCUGUACUCAGACAGUAAUGAGACUGUUCCAGCCUGCGCCAGGGCUACAAGUUCUUGCCUGUGACUUAUAAACACUGUACUAUGCAAGAGAAAAGUAACCAGUAAGCAUCUACUCUGGGAAAAGGAUACUCCAUGAGCGACCGUAAGAACUGGAUGGAUAUAUUUUGGAAAGCAUGGACCCUUUAGCACAUCUAGUUCUCUAUGGAUUCAGCCUGAUCAUUUCAGGUAAAGUAGAAGCAGCACUGGACCUCAUACUGAUCAAUUCAUUUCCUCUGGUGGGCAAUUCCGAGACAUCACUUAUCUGUAUCACUUCCAAAUGGCGUUCUCGCGAGUCUAUCAAAAUAGACCGAGACCAGGAGGAUGUGACAAACCAGCACCGGGAACCACUGGAAGUUAAUGAAGAUUCAAAGAGACCAACGGCAAAAACAGUAGUGUGGAAGAGGGAACAGGCCAGUGAAACUAUUGGAGCAUAUUACUGUGAAGGGAAACUCAAGGAUGAGGUGACAAGGAUACACACAAUGAAGAUGCCACUACGAGCCUCAUUCCACCCAGUGGCACUAACUGUUACAGCAAACAAAGGAGAACAUGUCAAUAUUUCCUUCAUCAGAAUGGCAGCAAAAGAGGAAGAUGCAGUGAUCUACAAAAAUGGUUCCUUCAUACACUCUGUGCCCAGGCAUGAAGUGCCAGGGGAACUGGAAGUCUCCUAUCCUCAAGUUCAACCACAGGAUGCAGGCGUUUACUCUGCCAGAUAUAUUGGAGGAAAUCUCUUUACUUCUGCUUACACUAGGCUUAUUGUAAGACGAUGUGAAGCUCAGAAAUGGGGCCCUUCCUGUAGCUCCCACUGUCCUUCCUGCACGAACAAUGGCAUUUGUCAUGAAGAUACUGGGGAAUGCAUCUGUCCCCCAGGUUUUAUGGGAAAAACAUGUGAGAAAGCUUGUGGAGCCAAUACAUUCGGCAAAACAUGUGAAGAGAGCUGUAAAGAAAACUAUGGCUGCAGAAACUAUAUGUUCUGUCUACCAGAUCCAUAUGGUUGUUCUUGCGCCACAGGAUGGAUGGGACUGGAAUGUGAUAAAGAAUGCAAACCUGGUUUUUAUGGGUCAGAUUGCAAACUCAAAUGUAAUUGUCACAAUCGAGGAACAUGUGACAGAUUUAAAGGCUGCAUCUGCUCCCUCGGAUGGCACGGUCUGCAAUGUGAAAAAGAAGGUUCAGCAAAUCUUCCACCUCAGAUAGAAAACCUGCUAGAUCCUGUAGAACUCAAUUCUGGCGUUGAGUUCAAGCCUUUUUGUAUAGCAACUGGAAUCCCACUUCCUAAAUCUGAGGAAUUUAAACUUUUGAAGCAAGAUGGAACUGUCAUAAGGCCUGCCCUAAUUGUUACCAGUAACCGCUCUGAAGCCAUGUUUACAAUUAAUCGAAUCCAGCCCCGUGAUACAGGAACCUGGGUCUGCAGUGUGCAGACAGUAGCAGGAAUGGCAGAGAAACCUUUUCAAGUUACAGUCAAAGUUCCUCCUGUGCCACAGUAUGCCCCAAGGCUAACAGAUAGUGGACAUAAUUUUCUCAUAAUUGAUAUCAACGCUAAGUUACAUCUUGGAGAUGGACCUGUUGUGUCAACAAAGCUCCUAUACAAGCCAGCAAAGCGUUAUCAGUCCUGGAUGUCUGUGGAAGUAAAAGGUGCAACCAAAAGACUGGACAACUUGGAACCUAAAACAGAGUAUCAGUUCUGUGUUCAGCUGAGUCGUCAAGGGGAAGGUGGGGAAGGCCAUCCUGGUCCACAAGCUAGCUUCACAACUGCUGCACUUGGUCUUCCUCCACCAGAAGGUCUCACUCUCUUUCCAAAAAGCAUGACAUCACUGAAUUUGUCAUGGCAUCCUUUAACACUGAGGACAGAGGAUGACACUCGUGUUGAAGUAGAAAGGAAAAGCGUGAAUGACAACGGUGAUGAAAGCAGUGUUAUUACUCAAGUGCCAGGAAAUAUGUCCACCCUGAUCAUUAAAGAUCUUGAGCCUAGACAGCAAUAUAUGUGCAGGGUACGGGUGAACACCAGGUCCCAAGGAGAAUGGAGCAACUAUGUGUAUGCAUGGACUUUCAGUGACAGAAUCCCUCCUGCACCAUACAACAUCAAGUUUUCUAACACCACAGACACAUCCUCAGUCAUCUCUUGGACAACUGCUGAGGGUCAUUCCAUCUCCUCCAUCAUCAUCAGCUACAAAAUUUAUGGCAAGGCUGAGUACAACCACAUCGAUAUUAUCAUAAAGAAUGCCAGCAUUACUCAAUACCAUCUCAAGGGCCUUGAGCCAAAUACUGUGUACCAGGUUCAGAUUAAUGCUCAGAAUAACAUUGGCCUGAGCAAGCCAAACACAUCUUUUGAACUGAAGACUCUUCCAGAAACUAAAGCUCCAUAUGAAUCAAAAGGAGGCAAAAUGCUGCUUAUUGCUAUCCUUGGCUCUGCAGGGAUGACCUGUGUAACAAUUCUCCUGGCCUUUCUCAUCAUGCUGCAGUUAAAGCGAGCCAACUUCCAACGCCGAAUGGCUCAGGCUUUCCAAAAUGUGGUGAGGGAAGAACCAGCUGUACAGUUUAACUCAGGUACUCUCACCCUGAGUAGAAAAGCCAAAAACAGUCCAGAUCCCACUAUUUAUCCAGUUCUUGAGUGGAAUGACAUAAAAUUUCAAGAUGUGAUUGGGGAAGGUAACUUUGGGCAAGUCCUCAAAGCACGCAUUAAGAAAGAUGGCUUACGCAUGGAUGCUGCAAUUAAAAGAAUGAAAGAAUAUGCCUCAAAAGAUGAUCACAGAGACUUUGCUGGAGAAUUGGAGGUUCUUUGUAAACUUGGUCAUCAUCCCAACAUCAUAAAUCUUCUGGGAGCAUGUGAGCAUCGGGGAUAUCUUUAUCUUGCUAUUGAGUAUGCCCCCCAUGGAAAUUUACUGGACUUCCUUCGGAAAAGCAGAGUGCUAGAGACAGACCCAGCAUUUGCUAUUGCCAACAGUACUGCAUCUACACUUUCCUCUCAGCAGCUUCUGCAUUUUGCAGCAGAUGUUGCUAGAGGGAUGGAUUACUUGAGCCAGAAACAGUUUAUUCAUAGAGAUUUGGCAGCAAGAAACAUCUUGGUUGGAGAAAAUUAUGUUGCAAAAAUAGCAGACUUUGGGUUAUCAAGAGGUCAAGAAGUUUACGUUAAGAAGACCAUGGGACGGCUUCCAGUGCGAUGGAUGGCAAUUGAAUCUUUGAAUUACAGUGUUUAUACCACAAACAGUGAUGUAUGGUCGUAUGGCGUCCUGUUAUGGGAAAUUGUUAGUUUAGGUGGAACACCGUACUGUGGAAUGACAUGUGCAGAACUCUAUGAAAAACUGCCUCAAGGGUACAGACUGGAAAAGCCUCUCAACUGUGAUGAUGAAGUGUAUGACCUUAUGAGACAAUGCUGGAGAGAAAAACCAUACGAAAGACCAUCAUUCGCUCAGAUACUUGUGUCACUGAACAGGAUGUUAGAAGAAAGGAAGACCUAUGUGAACACUACGCUAUACGAGAAGUUUACUUAUGCAGGCAUUGAUUGCUCCGCUGAAGAAGCUGCUUAAGACAGGAGAAAUCUUCUUUCAUCAAUGAUGUAUUGAAGAAAACCAAAACUCAAUCUGCUGGAGCCCCAAAUGUGAUAUGCUGUGUAGAACUGUGUACAGCUCUAACUGUAUGUAAUACAGUAAUACUGUUUUACCACAGAUAUGUAUGUGUAUAUCACACACUAACCUCUGCCUCCACAGGUUGCAGAAGUGUAUGUACAGUUCAGAGUAGGAAUAGAUAAAAGUCAUUAAGUCUGCCAUUUCAUAUGCAGGGUGUUCUUUUUUCCUAGUGAUGUAGAUAUAGCAUAUACAUACAGUUAUUGUAAUGCAUUAGGUAUGCCAUCUUAGAUAUUUGAUACUUUUCAGGAGCUACUGACAUCAAAGUCAGUAUCUUAUAGCAGUAUUUCAUAGAUAUUUAAUUGUGAUUCAAACAAAAAUGCUAACCUCAAUGCAACAGUAAGAGUUGUGAUCAGAUGUCAAUCCAGUAUGCUCACCAAGGAUAACUAAGAGUCCUAUCUGAAUGCAAAAGUGAGCUAGAAGAAAUAAUCUGUUAAAAAAAUCUAUUGGCAUUUGCAAGAAAAGGCAUGCUAUUGCUAUUCCAUUGUCCAAUUUAACAGUGUUUGCCUAUAUGCAGAAUAUGCAUAUAUUUGAAGUGUUAAAUACUAUCAGAGGCAGCCAUACAGCAAUAUAAAGCAGAAGAUUGAGGAACAUACUACAUAUAGAAACCCACAUUUUUACAGUUACCCUGAAUAUACAUGAGGUUUAUUCAAUUUGUAUUUAAUUUAAUCAUUUCACUGCACAAUUAUGAAUUACUACCUAUUGUACACAAGCAGAGCUGACUUUAGCUUAUUUUACCCAUAAUGCAGGCUGCAGUGUGGCAUGGCCUCUUCAAAACACUGUACUGAAAAGCUAAAAAGAAUUAUAUUUGCCCUGCCAGAAAGAUCUAGUUCUUAGGUUAGACAAAUAGAGGCAGGACUGGCCUGAGCUUCUGGUAUGAAGUCAACCAUGUGUGAUCCCAUGGACUUACCCUAUGCAAACUCCACAUCUCUGCUAACCUCAUGCCUUGUGCAUAUGUUCCCCUUAUCACCCCAUGACUUGCCAGCUCAUAACCAACCCUCAGGCCGCAGCUGAGUGUAUCAGGUCACCUUUCAAGGCCUGGAGGAAGACACUUGAGAUAGAAAGAAAAAGGUCUCCCCUUCUCAUACUUUGUGGGUGGAUAUUUGGUUGGUCACAAGGCAGGGAUAUCACAGCACUCUAGAGUAACAUUACUUGUACACAACACCAGGUUGGCUCAAAAAGCAGAGGCAUGAAGAGCCUUAUAAAAAGGGAAUAAGUCAAACAACGGUGCUGAAAUCACUUCUGUGGCCUUGAGACAGUCACUGUAACUCAGGUGCUACAAUGUGUUUUGCACAGAUUCACUGGACCAAAGAACAACUCCAAAAUGGAAAAGGGAAACAAAUUCCACUAUGUUUUUUCAUAACAAUCUAUUUGUCUAGACACUUCUGAAGGGUAGGCAUUGAAUUUUGCAGUCCAAACAGUUUCCCACAGGUCAGUGACAUGAACAGGAAUGGACCUCCAUGGGUUUUUUUAAGUUGCCAGGCAAUGCCAGGUAACAACUGCUGGAACUGCCCCUCAUUCUGUUCAGAAUUUUCACACUUCCAAAACAGCUCAUCAUCUCACAUAUCCCUAACAGACACAACUGACUAUUCAGCUACUUGAUAUGAAUCUCUUCUUCUGUGGCAAACUUCUACUUGGACCAAUAUGACACAUAUGGAAAGAAUUAGAAAGAAGUCAUCAAGCCAAUAGAUCUUAAUAAUGUCUGCACUUUAAAUGCUCAAGUUUCACUGUAAAUUUAGCUAAGGGGGAUAUAAGUGUCUAUACAAAUGUUUUGUCUUCAUUUAAGAUUGUGGCAUGCAUUUACUUUCUAAUCUACUGUAAUAAAAUUUAAAUUUUUUUAUAUUGCCUUUUUAAAAAAUACACAGCAGAAAACACUAACUCCAAUACACAGCUUGAGUUGUCUCUAUUCCAUCCAUAUAUCACAGAACUACAGUUACUAAAAACAUUCACUAGUCAUGAACUAUAAGAUGUUGAUCAUUACACACGUAUCAUCAAAACAUAUAAAUACCUGAUGGAAGGAAGGCGUGCUGGUGGAGUAGCCUCUUCUCAGCAGUAUUCAGUGACAGAAUGAGAAGCAGUGGGCAUAAAUGGAAAUCUGGGAAAUUCCAUUGAAGGUGGUCAAGCCAGGGAAGAGGAUGUAGAGCCUCCAGCACUAGAAAUAUUCAAAGCCUGACUGGAUACCACAGAAGACUAGACAGACAAUCUCCCCAGAUGUCUUCCAAUCCAUUAUAUUGUGAUUCUGUGAACCCUGCAAGGUGAUGGAAGGGAAAUGCAGAAAAUAAGCAAAGGCUGGUUAAGGAGCGUAAUUAAAAUACAAGGACAUAAUUCCGCUGCAGUCAAGCACAAGUUUUCCCUCUUCCUGCUGUUCCCCUUGUACUCAUACGCAACGCUCCCUGCUCUCAACACACCAUUUUUGCCUUUCCCUAGGCCGUAUACUGAUCAGCCAUUCCCACAUGGAAGGUGACUGUCUGGACACAGAGGAAUCCUAAUUAAAUAAUGGUCUGAACAAAGUAAGUCAAACUAUUCUAAGCUGCAAGUGAAAAUCCUCAAAACAAGUAAAUGCAGCUUAAUGUUUCCUUAUAACACUUCAGAGUUCUUUCACACCUCCAAAACCUGAACUAAGGUUGCAGCUCCUGAAGAUGCUGGAUCGGAUUUUGCAAUAGCUCAGUCCAUAUCAUAAAUAUAUGUGGGAAAGAGAAAACUAUGCUUACCGUAGGCAACAGGAGAGAGAUGCCAGAUAUGAAUCAGACUUCAGUCACUGUUCCACUGAUUAACUGCACCUAUAUUCAUUAUAAAACUUUAAGGUUUUGCAAAAUUUCAUUACUUCCAUCAUCCAAAGACUGCCUUCUUUUGCUUUUCCUACAAAAGAGUAUCUGAAGUUAUUUCGCUUAUUGUGCACACUAUUUAUUAAUUUGGUUUUUACCAUUCAACAGAUGAUUACCAAAUUCAGGAAGAAUAUACAAAGACCACCAGCAAGAUGAUGGAAGUUCCUUAGAUGGCUUAUAGAAUCUCAGAAUUACCGGUCUGGUCCCUACUAAUAGUUUGUUGGAUGACUAACAUAUUUAUUUGCUAAGCAGAACUGGUUCUAUGGAGUAGACGUUCAUCUCUUUCCUUACAUUUAUUCAAAGCCAAAUAAAGGCAAUCUCCACUAAAAAGACCUACUUUCAAAACCAGGAUGAUCUAUGAGCAAGUCUAUCCCUUUUGUAAAGAACACGCCAAAACCCCUUCUCUAAAAUCCUCUCUACAGGGCUGUUAAUAUAGAAAGUAGUAUUACUCUUGGGUGAAGGAAAAUUAGAAGCUUUUUUUUGACAUCCUGAGCUGCAGAUAUGAGUCAAUAAAUAUACAAUGCUAUUUCUAACCAUAGCUAUCAGCUGUCACUAUCUCACAGAACAUCUGCAACUACUCUAACGCACAAGAAGCAGCUACAGUGAUUUUUAACCUUCGAUAGAGAUUUAAUCAUGCAGCGUACUACUUCUUCGAGGCGUGUCUGUGUGAACGGAGAUCUUUGCUAAUGAUCUUCUGUUACAGGGUCUUAAAGAACUUUUUUCCUCACCACUUUCACUUGCCUUUUUUUUACAAAUGAGGGCAAAGCAUAACUUCAGCUCAGAGCUGGUGUUGUGCAAAAGAACAGUGGGCCAUUCUUAGAUUUUUUAUUUCCUUCUGUUUCCUUCACAUAAAAAUAGGUGGCAACAGACUUUAAAAUCCUCCACUCUCAAAGUAGCAGAUACUGAAUCCUACCUGAAGUGGGAUACUAGUAAUUUCAAGUUGUAGUGUAGUCCAGGUUUAGCUGAAGCGGUGAACAUAUUUACUUCUUGAAAUACUCUGCUUUUUUUGGAACCCUUAAAAAGUCAAAGCUUAUUGCUUUUACAGUUGGAAAACUUCCUACAGGCUCAACUUACAUAAAAGAUACCAGCUGAUUCUGAGACCAGAAGAGGUC